AGGUGGGUGGAUAAUUGAGAUUUGAGAGGGAGAUAUUGGAUGAUGUGAAGAUUGCAUAAACUGAAACCAACUGUCUUCUUCUCCCGGCAACCGACGCUUCUUCACCGGUAGCGACAUUGUACGUUUUUGGUUAGGAUUUUGAGAGAUGGUGUUAGUUCAAAAUUACAUCACUCCAUGUCAGGCGUACUUGCCAAAUGCAUCUUCAUCUCAGGUGGAUGUGAUGCAUCAACUGGGGUGGUUUAGGAGUGGUCACAACCGUAGGGCUCCUGGAUGUGUUAUCAGGUCAGAGAAUGUGACUGAAACUUCCACUUCCCCUUGCCAAGAUAGACUUGGGAGGCGUCAAUUUCUCGCAGUGGGACCAACAAUUGCCCCAUUGCUGCUGAUGACUUCUCAGAUACCAACAUCAUUUGCUGCAGAAAAUAAGAAGGGAUUUCUGCCUGUCACGGACAAGAAGGAUGGAUACUCUUUCCUCUAUCCUUUUGGGUGGCAGGAAGUCGUUGUUGAAGGUGAAGAUAAAGUUUUCAAAGAUGUUAUUGAACCACUAGAAAGUGCUAGCGUAAAUUUGGUACCAAGCAGUAAAGAGGACAUACGGGAUUUUGGUUCGCCACAACAGGUUGCUGAAACUUUAAUAAAAAAGUUUUUAGCAUCGCCUUCUCAGAAAACAAAACUAAUUGAAGCAUCAGAGCGCAUCGUUGAUGGAAAAACCUAUUACACGUUCGAGUUUGUUGCACAAGCCCCAAAUUAUACUCGGCAUGCCCUCACUGUAGUCUGCAUUGGCAAUGGAAAGUUCUACACAUUGACAACUGGUGCAAAUGAGAGGAGAUGGGGGAAGAUGAAGGAUAGACUACACACUGUGGUUGAUUCCUUCCAAAUUUUCAAUGUUUAGUAUACUUCAAUAACACUUCCUUUUUUUGUUGUUAAAAUCCCAGUUUUCAUCUUUAAAUAACUGCGAUCAGAGGUUGUAUAAUUAAUGUAGAUAUGAGUGUUGUGCCUAUUCUCACCCAUUGCUUGUCAAAAUAACAGUACAGAUUUUAUGGCAGCAGCCUUUGUAGAAUACUCAUUGUUCUAUUUCAA